AUGUUUAAGAAGGCGACCAAGGUCUUGCUAUAUUUUAUUUGCCACGAAACGGAACCAGAAUCCACUUUGCAACCCAAAUUAACAGUAAAUGAGAAUAACGUAGCUGCCACUCUGCCAAACGAGCUAUUGUAUCUCAUAUUCUCGCAUCUUCCAUAUGAUCCGCUCUAUGACGACUGGCCGCGCUGGCCAUUAUCCUCUCCCGCUCAUGCCUUGCCGUUAGUAUGUCGGCAUUGGAGAUACCCGGCGACAUCAUCACUAUAUGCCGCCGUCGAACUGCGGACCAUUGCCCAGGUCCGCUCAUUCUAUCGAACGAUUCUUCAAUUCCCGCAUCUUGCGCCACUCGUCAAGACUCUGUUCUUACCUAUCCACCCGCGGAAGCCCUGUCCAGCCUCGGUGGUAGACGAAUGUGAUAGACUGAUGCGCCUUUUGCCAUGCUUGGACGAAACGUCGUAUCAGCUGGACUCUCACCGUAUCAACUUUCCAAACACGGCUGGUGCAGAUAAUCAAAACAAAAACGCACUUGUUCGCUAUCUAGGUCUCGCCGCAUGCAUAGCGCAAGUCGGGCCCGGAUUUCCCGACAUAUCGCGUGAGUUUGGAGGCCUACGGUGCUUACUUCUCAGCGGAUUCCGAAUUCGCCAGCGUGUCGACCCUGCGGUAACGCCACCUCUUCUACAACUCGAAGAGAUUACCAUUGUGGGCGACGAUAGCUUCCCUUACCUCGACGACUGGCUCUGCGGCUCGCCCCGUCUGCGCACACUUUGCGUGGCAUCCAUCUGGGAUCAACAGCCAUCUCCCCCGGUGAGAGUCUUGAGGACAAAGCGAAUUCAUUACAUCGCCAUCGCUGGGUGCUACACGGAUCAUAGCUACCACCUAUCGUGGCUCGGCAUUUCCGACGCUCUCCGGAUUUUAAACGUCUCUGCGGACGUCUUCCAUAGUACCUAUCCGCAGUUCCCGACCGAAUUAGCGGAGAUGAAGAUUUGGGUUGUUAAGGGGAUACCCCUCAACACAGACAUGUUUAUCCAAUACCUUGAGGGUGGCCCAAGGAUUGGAAGACUGAUUCUCGAGGUGGAUGUCCACCUGGAGAGCUUUUCAAACGCAAAGGAAAAGAUCAUCGAGGUCUGUAAGCGGAAAGAGAUUCCGCUAUGCAUUGACGUUGGACAAUGUGACUGCGAAACGGAGAUAAAGCCAGAAGAACCUCCAGAAAUCCCGAAAGGAAAGGUUUCUCAGUUAUGGUUGCAGACACUGGCGGCUGCGAAACAUAUCAUCGGAAAGCAAAAGGAUCCAGUCGUCAGUGACGAAGAGAGGGCAAUCCUUGAGUGGGAGACUGAUCAGCAGCUGCCGGCCAGUUCCUGA